CUUGGUCUGGCACUGCUCAGAGAGCCUUUGCAGCAUAAGGGGGGGAAAGAGAGAGAGAGAGAGAGAGACGGUGUUUUUAAGACCAGACAGCCUCUCCCCCCACCCACUUUCCACUCCCCAAUCCCUCCUCCUCCGCAGCCAGAGAGCUGGCUCUUUUUUCCCUGCAAGGCACGGAGAAUGGGAAAAGUUUGGAGAGAGGGAAGCCGUGGGGCUUGACUCAGGCUGGGUUGCUGGUGGGGAUGACGGUGUGCAGGCUGGCCUGAGGCCCUCCCCCAUCUCCUCGGGGCGUGAAGCACACCUGGAUGAGGCUGUGGAGCCGUCGCAGAAGACCAGCCCAGAUGGCCGGGAAGGAGCAGGCCGGGGCAGCCAGAAACAGGAAGGCCAGAGAGGCUGCCAACAACUGAUCGCCAAGGCAAGAGGCAGCAGAGGGGGGCAGCGAGGCUCUGUGCCCCCCCCGGCUUCUCUGCCCUCUCCAGCGUCACAUCCAAGGGAAUCAUGGACCCCCAAUCUCUGGAUGUUGCUGUGCAGAACACACUCUCAGGCCUCUACCCUCCAUUCGACAUCACAGCCCCAACAGUCCUCAGCCAGCUUUUCCGGGUCCUGGAGGCCAAAUACCAUGGAGAUGGACUCUGCUGCCUCCUUGACUUCCUCAUCCCUUCCAAGCGUCUUCUGGAGCACGUGAGGCAGGCAGCUUGUGCUCCUUACAUCAGUUGCGUUUUCCUCCACGAAGGCUGGCCGCUAUGUCUCCACGAGAAAGUGGUCGUCCACCUCGGCCCGCUCAACCCCCUCCUGCUGCGCCCAGGCGACUUCUACCUCCAGGCAGAGCCCUGUGGGGAACAGUCGGCCUGUCUGGUGGUGAAGUGUCUCUCCAGGGAUCUCACCACAGUGGAGAAGAUCCCCGUCCCAGAAUCCUCCUGCUCCUUGCUCUUUACCAAAGAGUGGCUGGAGGAGAUCAACCAAGGCUUUGACCGGCCAACGCUGCACACUUGCCUGGUGGCCACUGGGAAUGGCAUCGUCCCUGUACCAUGGAACAAAAUAGCCACUCCGGAAUUUGUCAAUAUACCCAAAACAGAAGGCUCGGUGGAGCAAGAGGCGUCAGACUGCCCAGAGACACACUGGAGGGGGAAUUCUCAGCACCAGGAAGACGGCAACGUGGCUGGCGAUGAGCACAGCAGAACUGACAGGAGCUUGCGGCCCACUCAAGGCAAGUUUCCUGGCCUCAUCAAGGUAGAGCAAGGAUCCUGGAAGAAAUCCACACUGUUCGUGGUGCCAAGUCUGUGCGACAUCAUCAGCGAGAACCUGGAAGGGGAAUAUGUGAAUCUGCUGGGAUUUUCUGGAGAAGGGAAACUGGAUGAAUCUUCUCCUGCCAAGGCAGCUGCGUCGGCCACUGAACAACAGCCUCAAAGGGAGGCACCACCACCCGAGGCUCGGAAAGGGUUACUUUGGGUGGAGGGAGAUAAUGAGGCAACAGUGGGCGUCUGGAGUUGUGGGAAGGGGCAAAACCCAGAGGAAGGCCCCUGCACACCUUGCCUAAAGAGGAGGCUGAACAAAGACCCCAAGGUCCACGAGCUGAGAUGCAGGUACCGCGAGUCAUACGUAGCUGCCCUCAAGAAUCCUGUCAGCUUCAGCUCAGGAUUGAUGGCAGCCAUUAUGGAGGAGAUAGAUGCAUCCAAACAGUCCUCCCCCUCUGAAAGCACAGAUGUUCUGCCUCCUGAGGGGCCAGACCAGGCGGCUCCCAGAGUCCUCUCUGAACAUCCAUACAAGGACAGGAAAGCGGAGGAGGGCUCUUCCAAGCCAGGACACUUUAAACCUCUGAAGCCUCCCGCAGACUGUCCUGCUGCCAGCAGUAAAUUCUCUUUCUUGAAAGGCCACCGGCAGCUGGGCUCCUUGGGGGGCAGCUUGUCCAUGUCAGAGAAAGCUGGGAAGGGGCAGGAAGGCCCCCAGAAAAGGACGUCGGUCGUUUGCUCUCCCAGAACGGCCAGAGCAAAGGCAGUACCCGGGAAAGGUACCAGUCAGGGUGACAUGCUUUCAGAACUUCCAGCUCCUAAGAACAUAGAGAGUAUCACCACGAGCACAUCUGGCACAGAUGCCCUGGUCAAAGUAUCGCUUCCUCUGGGAUCUGGCCCACAGGAGCUCGUCCACUGGGAGCUGCUCAGUCCUGAGCUGUUGUCUUCUGGGAUUGUGUGUCUGCCAGGGAACGCAGAUAAACUCGGGAGACCCAUAGUCCAGAUCUGCACCAGUGGAACAGCAUGGCAAGCCCCUUGGUGUUCGGCCAGGAAAGUGGCACGGCUCCUCCUUUACUUCCGCACUAUGUCUAGGAAGCAGCUGAAUGAUGCAGGGCUGACCAUAGUCAUUGAUGCCAGAAAAGAGACUCCCUCUCCCGCCCUCUCUGCUGCCCUGGGAUCCGUCCAGAGGACCUCACCUGGCUGCAUCCAUGCUGUUCUCCUGUUGGCAGAGAAGGAGGCAGCCUCACAUCUGGAGAAGGUCCCGGGCCUGCAGAUGGAGCUGUUGGGCUCUCUGAAGGCCCUUGGCCGACACGUGGACGGUAGCCAGCUGACCGAAGCCUUGGACGGCCAGUUCGCCUACUGCCACAGCGAGUGGGUUCAGUACUUCCAGAAGGUGCACCAGUUUCUAAGCGACCUCAGAAAGGCCUCUGACUUGCUGCAGAGCACCACCCAAGAACUGGAAAAGGGAGAGGUGCUGGAGAACUUGCAGGAAGUUGAGCAGCAAGUGGACAGACACCGGCAGCUGAUGCAGGAAGUCUUGUGCAAUGCACAGCUGGUGAGCUUGCAGAGAGAAGGUGGGGCCACCCUUGCCAGACUGAGGAAGGAGGCAGCCCGGCUCAGCUUCUCCCCUGAUGUCCGGAAUAGCAUUGGCCAUGCCCUGGCCCUCUACAAUCUGGUGGAGGAGGAAGUUCACACGCUGGUGACCAAAUCCAACAGCCGCCUGGAACACCUGGAGUUUCUGCUGAAGAUCCGAGAGCUGGAGGCAGAGUUUAGCAAGCUCAGUUUGUGGUUUGAUGGAGAAGGAGAGUCAGCGCUCCGUGAGGUGGGAUCUGCAGAGGGCAGCCAGGAGACAGCCCAAGAGUACUACCAGCGCUUUAAGGAGUUCUUCAAAGAAGCCUCGGUCCACUACAACCGCGGGCUCUCUCUGUCGAAGGAAGCCAGCAAGGUCCAAGGGUCCACAUUCCCAGAGAUGGGGGCCUUUGAGGCAGCGAAAAGGGCUUUUCAGGCUAAGCUGACAACAUUCUACAUGGAUAUGGAGAUGAAAGGGGCUGAGCUGGAGACACUCCUGGACCUCUACAGGUUCUAUGACAAGGCCACACAGUUUAAACUCGACUGCAAGCAACGCCUGGACACCUGGAGCCACAGAGAGAAUGAGAUGAGGAGCACAGAGGUCCAGCAAGACUUGGAGCGCUCUCUCCAGCAACUGGCCAGGGAGUUUUCAGCUGAGAAGUUCCAGCAGAUGAAGAUGCAUGCUUCCAGCAUGAGCAGCAAGCAGGGUCUGGCUGUGUGGAACGAAGCUUUGGAGAGAUGUCAAGAGGCCAAGCAGCUCCUUGAAGACACCCUUGCUAGAUUCAGGGAGGCUCUGGAAGGAGGUGCCAAAGACUCAGAGCCUAACCCAGCUCCCAUAGCCAUAGGUGAAGACUGCUGUGUAGAUGGAGCAGCAGCGAAAAGCAAGGAGCAAGAGGUGCAAUUGGAGUGCCACCGUAGGAACGAGGCUGGCUCUGUGGACAGAACUAGUGUCUAUGAUGGUCCUUCUCAAGAGGACCCUUUGAGUAGGGAGAUAAGCAAGGAUGGGAAGGGAAGUGAGGAGGGCUAUCUUGAUUCUUUGGAUGUUAUUCUGGAAUGUGGGGGCCCUGAGGCUAAGGACCUAGAUGAACAGGCCCCAGAAAGUUGUCACACAACUCUUCCUGCCUGUGCCACUUCCCCUCAUGCUAAGAAGGUACCGGGGGCACGUGAUGGCCUACCUUCCCCCAAACAGCCUUGCUUAUCCAUGCCGACAAGAGGUCAAAGGAGCAGGACGAGAGAGACAGCACAGUAUUUCCAGCUCUCCAGGCAUGGGAGUUUUUCUUCUGAAGAUGCAGAUUCCCAGAGCUCCACUGAAGAUACUCUGGGCUCAACUGCCACCUUGCCUAUGGAACCAUCAGGCCCCAAAGGAGCCUGGACUCAGGAAAAGGCUCUGGGGAUUAUCUAUCUGGAGAAUCACAGCACAAACAGCCCGGCCAAUGCAGCCACGCAGUGAGAACAGGGCACCAAGGAGCUGCCGGGCACCCGGGUCCCACACCACACCCUUCCUGCCAGUUUCUUCAGAUGCUGGAUGUGUUCCUGGUGUUUGGGUGCUCCAUUAUCCCGCCACCUUUAAAAAGGGAACCUUUUCUUGUUACUCUUCCCCUGCCCUCCUGGGACAUUGCAAAGAGUGCUUCAUGCCACUGGGGUGUGCAGCUCUGUCUGAGCAAGAGCCUGUUAAUCCUCGUGGCCACCAGCCUUCACUUCCUUUUGCCAUUUGCAACUGGCAAACCGCAUGGAAGAGAGUCACUGUUGGAGCUGAGCGAGUCUGCUCCGUUCAUUGGUUCCGUUAGGAGCCGGGUUGGUUACCCGGCAGUAAAGGCCACCAGGGGGUGCGUGUGUUGCCGGCAGCUGAGUUAGGGGAGAAAACAUUGAUCCCAGCCUCAGGGCAAGAGAGGGACAAUAUUUGCGCCAAGUCGGCUAGGGCGGGUGGCUCACGGAAGCGGUCGGCCGCAUGGGGCAAGGGGAGGGGCGGUGCAGGAACUGGGGCUCAGGGACCAUGGCAAGGAAAAGCAAGGAACCCCCUGACUUGUUGCCAUGGAAAUGGCGAAGGGUUGGCGGUGCUUCUCAGAAGCAGGAAGGGAUAUCCGGGGCUCCAGGGAAUCUCAGGGCUGCCUUGGCUGGGAGUCAUUUGGGGGCCCAGCUGCAAGGCACACCUGAGGGGAGAGAGAACCUGAGGCAUGUGCUUGGCCGCGAAGCUAUGCAAAGCUUCUCCUUCCUAUUAAAAGGUCAGUCCCUGGGCUUGAACCAGCCUGCUGUGCAAGAGGCAGGUCUGGCCAACAAUCCACUCCCUUAUAACCAGCUAUUUUGACGUGGGAAAAUCUAUGGGCAUAAAGUGGCUUUUCUGUUCCCUUUCUGUAUGAUGAAAUAGUCCCGUGAACUGUUGUUAACUGUCCGUCCCAAUACAGUUAAUUGUGUGGUCAAAUCCCAUUGGAAGCAAUAGGGCAUAAGUUAGCCACACAGCUAAUUUGAUCCACUGGUUUCAUUCCAUGGGACUCAGUCAUGGCACACCUUUGCUGGAUUGGAGCCCUGUCUUAGAGGAGGUUUAGAAAACCGGGGGGGGGGUAAAAUAUGGAGCUUAAUACAUUGUAGGGUGAGAGAGUCAUUCUGGCAUAGGGAUGUAUGGUUGAGUUCCAUGUGAGAAAGCAGACGCAUGAAGCUCAGUGGGUGCCCGUAGGCAAACCUUCUAGGCUCACCUACCUCAAAGGGUUGUUGUGAGGAGAAAGUAGGAUAACCCUGUAUAUGUUAUCCUGAGUUACUUGGAGGAAGGGCGGGAUGCAGAAUUCAUCAGGGAGCAGGGGAGAUUCACCACAUAAAACAUGAAGGGGAUAGAAGCCACUACAUGUUAGCCCAGGAGUGUUCAUCUGUGCUGUGUUUUGUGACCCAGGGGAGGCUGGUGGCUCCGAUGUCAGCGGGGCAGUAAAUCCGCGUUGUGGUUUAGUUCAAACUGACAAGGAGCUGUCCAAGGUGCAAAGUGCUGUCAUUCACCGUUUUUCAAGAAGGACAAGGCUAAUAGCAUGAAUAAGAAACACAAGAAAACUGUACUAGGCCAGAGGAGGGUGGUAGUGGUGUUGGUGGCAUGUAUCUCAAAAAAGAUCUUCUCUGUGAUGAGUCACAUCCAGGCCUGGUAAGUAUCCUGUGAUCUCAGCAAAUCCUGGAAACUAAGCAAAACAACUAUGCAAAGAGAUUUACUCUCUUCCCAACAGCCAUUUUGGAAAGACCACCACACAGUCCAUAUGUACAUUUGGAUUCAAAAGAGGAAACUUCCCAAAAAUGAGGGGAAUGGUAAAAAAAGGAAGCAGAAAGGCAAAGGCAAAAUAUGUCCAGCAUGUUGGGGCAUUGUUUAAACCCACAAUAUUAGAAGCUCUUAUUUGACUCUGCUCGUUCAUCACAUGGGCAUUCUCUUGGCCCCAGAGGAUUUUCUCAAUCUGUAGUGUCUCUUCUAGCUGAGGUUCCUGUUUCCUAGCCAGCUUCUCUUAUGUUCUUAACACUGAAACCCCACACCAGGUCAAAGAAAAAUCCCACUCAGUCUACCUCUUGCUCUAGAGACAUCAUGACAUUUUUCUUGGAACCAUGAGAUCUAGCAACUCAUUUUUUUCCUCUGAGUGUUAGUAGUUCCCCACACGCACAAGGAAGAGGAUAGGGGUGGAAGAGCAAAGGGAAUGUGUGGAUGCUUGGAGGCUAAGUUGUAAGUGAGCACAUCACUCAAGAAUGUAGAACUUGUUUACUUACCACUUACAUGGCACAGAAAUUAGGGCUGGAUGCGUUAACUUGAAAUUUCCAUGCCUUUGGGGGCAUGGCAGUUAAAAAAACUUUCCAGCAGAUACAGUAUAUAUAUAGGCAUCAGGCAGUGUUCAGCAUAUCUUAAUCAUAAAUUUAUUUGGGGCAGCAUGACAAUCUCUGGAUUAUUUCAUCUCUGUCCAAAAACAUUUCAUAGAAGACAUUCACUCUUCCUCCCAUCCAUCAGUGAAUAAGUAUCUCCCUUCUGCAAUCAAGGCUGAUUUCUCAUCUCUUUUGUAACUUUGCCAGGUGCAGAGAGAGACUCUGCUCCACUGGGAGAUGUUAAUCAGCACCUUCCUUGUUUCCAGGAUUGAUUAACUCUAAUUAAUUCUUCCAGCCUUUGAGUCUACACUACAAGUAGAGACUGGCAGCUAGACAGAGAGCAUCAGUGCUGGUGGAGAGAGCCAAAGGCUGUGUCCAUAUGGGGGUGUUAUCUCGCACAAAGGGUUUUUUUUUUAAUUUUUAAUGCAGCUAUUUUGCACAAAUGGAAACAAAAAGGCCAGGAUGUACUCAGAAGAACAGGAAACACUGAGCAAAAGGUAGGGUGAUAAAUAGCACCCAGGAAAAUGUCAUAACUCUUAAAACAAAAAGGGCUAUUCAGUGCAUCCACAGUCAAUAACAUGAAAUUUCAUAUUGGAUUUUCUUACUGGCCUAUCUUCAGAUUAGGAAAAUCUAAAUUAAUUGCAGGGGGGAGUGCAGGCUGUCAGCUGGAUGAGGAGGAUGUUGUGUGGACAACACACACAAAUUGAGACACAAGCAGCUUCAAAACCACGUUAAACUCUUGUGCCAACAAACACAAAGUUUUUUUCCCUCCAAGGAAAUAAUAAUCUGUGAAAUUAUAAAAUGAGAAACCAAAAUUAUGUUUAAAAAUCCUAAAUUAAACAUGAGCUCCACCCCAAAUUGAUCUGGGGUCAGACAGAGCAAGGUGGAUGGUCAGGAGCAACCUGGGACCUUUCACCCUGCCCUGUAUCUAUCCCUAGAUCAAUUUGAGGGUUGAAGGCAUGGGGUGGAUCGGGGAAGAGGGUCUGUGCACAGCCCUAGUUUUGUGUUCCCUGAUGUAGCACCUUGUCCUCCUGUCCUCCUCCCCCCGGCUGUGUGGGGGAAACCACACAGUGGUGGAUUUAUAGAUAUAUGUGCAGAAUUGGAGACCUGUGCAGCCAAGGGCUCUCCGUGCGAUUAGGGUACAUUCUUAACUGAGAGGAUACCUUUGAAACAUGCCUGCAAUUGAUGAAUUGCCGCUGUUGAAUUAUAGGCCACAUCUGCACCAGACAUUUAUUCCGCAUUAAACAGGAAUGCCUUCCCCCAAAGAAUCCUGGGAAGUGUAGUGUGUGAAGGGUGCUGAGAGGUGUUAGGAGACUUCUAUUCGCCUGAUGGAGCUCUAAUGGCCAGAGUGGUUGAACAGUCAGCCCUUCUUCCCAGAGAAUUCUGGAGAUCGGAGCUCUGUGAGGGGAAUAACCGCCUCCUAAGAACUGUCAGCACCUUCACAAACUACAUUUCCAUGGAUUCUUGAAGGGAAGCCAUAAAAUGUCUGGUGUGGAUGCGGCGUUGGUGUUUUAGUUUGCUGCACAGUCUUCAUUUUUCAUUUUGCCUACUCCCUGAUUAAAGCCAGCAGAUUAGGACAACCACAGUUUAGUCCCACCAAAAGUUUCCCUCAAAAUCUCAGAGGCAUAGUCUCAUCCUUCCACAAACUAUUUGAACUUAGAGAGGCUCAGAAGACAUUUCUGCCAAUCUCCCAUUCUCUGGCCAAUCAGUUUUCUGUGCCAUUCAGCCAAUUUCACUCCAAAUGUAUUGCUAUGGCCAGGAAGCCCCACCCACCUAUCUCUGGACAUAGAAAAUAAUAAUAAAUUUGUAUUUUAUUCUUA